AUGGGGAUUGGCGCCUAUGAGAUUUUGGGUGAGAUAGGUCGCGGUCAGUUCGGGACGGUGGUUAAGGUUCGUAACAAGUCGACAGGAGCUGUAUGUGUAUGGAAAGAGUUGAAUUAUCGUUGUAUGGGACAGAGUGAGCGUCGUCAAUUACAAUGUGAGAUUGAAUUACUGGAAGAGUUAGAUCAUGAUUACAUUGUCCGUUAUAUUGGUCGUCUACAGAGUGAAAGCAAGAUAUAUAUAUUAAUGGAAUACUGUGAUGGUGGUGAUUUGGCGACUUAUUUAGAUCAUACAGUUCGAAAAAAGAGUUACCUGACAGAAGAAGUUAUCUUGACAUGGUUCUGUCAAUUAGUAAGUGCUCUCGAUUAUUGUCACCACAGAGCAAAUGGUGGUCGAGUAUUUCAUCGUGAUGUAAAGCCACAAAACAUUCUGAUGACAAAUGAAUAUCAAACCGUCAAACUUGGAGAUUUUGGACUAGCCAAAACACUCAACUCACCACAAGCACUCGCACACACACACGUUGGCACUCCUUAUUACAUGGCACCUGAAGUACUUACAAAAAAUACCUACGAUAGCAAAUGCGAUAUCUGGAGCCUAGGAUGUGUCCUCUAUGAAAUGCUUACCGGAGCCUCACCCUUUCAUGAAGCCGUCAAUAUGAACAACCUUAAAAAUCUAGUCGUACACCCUUCACAUAUCAAACCAUUACCACGCUUCUAUAACAAAGAACUAUUCAGCCUUAUCAAAUGGAUGCUCACCACUGACCCACAAUUAAGACCUGGUACCACAGAACUUAAAACCACUCUAGCCUACAAAAUGGGAUGCCUCCUCCUCAAAAUUCAACAACAAAAAUCACAAAUCAAC